CAACAAUAAUUUAGUUUUCUAAAGAAAACAAACUUAAUAGAGUUAGCACUCACAUGUUUAAAUAUCUUCAGUAUCUAAACAUAGACUAUUCUAGUAAUUUUAAUCAUAUCAUACGAGUAAUGCCAUCGCAGAAAAAUCUUGCUGAAGUCUGUAAGAAAAACUUCAAAAACACAAGUCUCAGUUCACCACCACAAAAAAGCUGUAAAACAAAAUGGAAUUUAAAUUUCAACUACCAUUUCAGCUGUCUGCUGAAGCUACAAGCUUUCUUGCCUUAUUUCUAUUUCUCUACUGCCUCUACUGUCUGUUUCAACAAAAAAAGAGAACUGAUACCAAGGCGAAACCUCCCCAGCCUUCUGGUUCUUGGCCUGUUAUUGGCCAUCUACAUCUUCUAGGAGAGCUUCCUCACAUAACCUUGGGAAAAUUAGCAGAUAAAUAUGGUCAAAUCUUUAUGAUCAAGCUUGGUAUCCACCAAGCUUUGGUGGUGAGUACAGCAGAGAUGGCGAAAGAGUGCUUAGGCGGCACCAAUGACAAAGUAUUCUUAAAUCGUCCUCAAAAAAUCUUUAUAGAACAUAUGGCUUACAAUGGUGCCAUGUUGGGCUUCAGCCAAUAUGGCCAAUACUGGCGUGAGAUGCGUAAGAUUACCACUAUCGAGCUACUGUCUGCCCAUCGGGUAGAGAUCCUUAAACAUGUCAGGAUAUCUGAGGUAAGAUCGGCGAUGAAGAGUAUAACAGUUGCUAGGUCUGAAUCAACUGACAUGAAACAAUGGUUUACUGAUAUAAGCAUGAACACUAUUGUAAAAUUAAUUUCAGGCAAGUCAUUGAAGAAAUUCUACCAAGGGGAGGAAUAUAAUAGGUGUGUAAAGGCAUUCAGGGAUUUCUUUGAAUUGGCAGGUGUAUUCGUCCCUGCUGAUGCACUGCCCUUCCUGAGGUGGUUUGAUAUCGGAGGGUACGAGAAAAAAAUGAAGAAAGCAGCAAAAGAGAUUGAUCAUAUAGCUCAAAGGUGGUUAGAUGAACAUAAAAACAGAAGCUCUAAUGAGGCACAGAGAAAGCUGGACUUCAUGGAUGUGAUGCUUGGUAUUUUCGAGUCUGGACAGGAAAAGCCUUCCAAAUACGAAACAGAUGCAAUUAUCAAAGCCACUUGCACAGCAAUGAUUUUAGCAGCAGCAGAUACCACAGCAGUAACCUUAACAUGGGCACUGUCAUUGCUACUCAACAAUAAAGAAGUUCUGAAGAAGAGUCAAGCUGAACUCGACAUCGUGGUGGGCAAAGAAAGGCAGGUGGAAGAAUCAGACCUCAAGAAUUUAGUCUACUUGCAAGCAGUUCUCAAGGAGACUAUGAGACUAUACCCUGCUGCACCCCUUUCAGUCCCUCGAGAAGCUAUUUCAGAUUGUAUUGUGAGUGGUUACAAUAUUCCAGCUGGGACACAACUCUUUGUCAAUCUUUACAAGAUACACAGAGAUCCACUAGUUUGGGAAAACCCUUUAGAUUUUCACCCUGAAAGGUUUCUCACAACUAAUAAAGACUAUGAUGUGCGAGGCCAGAGUUUUGAGUUUAUGCCUUUUGGAAGUGGAAGGAGGAUAUGUCCUGGUAUAUCUUUUGCCCUUUCGGUCAUGCAGUUUACACUAGCUAAUUUACUCCAUGGAUUUGACAUCUCAAUUCCAUUGGAUGAAACUGUUGACAUGACUGAGGGUUUCGGAAUAACCAACCUCAAAACUACACCACUUGAGGUCAUCCUCACCCAUCGCCUUCCUUCCAACCUUUAUAAUGACUUUACAAUGGUUGUUGAUUGAUUAUCAUCUGUGUACCACCUUUUCUUUUCUGCACUAAUAUGUUGUGCAGCAAUCAGUAAUAAUCACUACAAUUUUAUAAUUUACAUUAAGCUACAUAUUUUGGUCAUUCGAAGAUGGCCUCCCUUCUUA